UAUGAUCUCGGGACGGACCCCUGGAUAUCUGGAUGCAUCCAGAUCCAGAUUGAGGUUAUAAUAAUACAGUCAAGCAUGUCGGCGCUGCAGAAAAUAUCAAAAUCAUUGAUAAAAUAUACAAGAAAUGCUGAAGAAAUUUAUCGAAAUUUGAAUGGAGUGUUCGCCAUUUAUAAACCUGCGGGAAAUAAUCUCGCUCAGGUCAGAUUGGCACUGUUGACUCACAUCUGUAGAGACCUGAAUGGCCUGGAUGUCCGACCCCCCGAGAACUACGUCCACAUAGACGGUGACACUACCAAGCAAAUGACCGUACGAGUGGAGCCCAGCUACGCAGAUCACCCUCUGGUCGUCGGGCCACGUUAUCAACCCGACGACUUCAAGCUGUCGUGGGCCCACAGAAUGUCCCCUGAUAUGUCAGGAAUAAUGCUGAUAGGAGUGAACGGAGGUACACGAAUGGUCCAUAAAAUCAAAGAAUCCAAUGCUACGAGGUUCUUCAAAGUGAAAGGGGUGCUGGGACAAGCCACAGACAAUUACUUCAUAACUGGUAGAAUACGCGAAAGAACUACGUGGAAACAUGUUAAGAGAACACACAUUGACAGAAUGUGUGCAUCGAUGCAAUCUUCUCAUCAAAAGAGAAUGUUCGAAGCAUGUGGGCUGGAUAUACAAUCACAAGCUGCAUAUGAACUCGCAGUGCAAGGACCAAUCAGACCUGCAGAAAAUCGACUCCCCGCGUUAUAUGCUAUGAAAUGCGUUGACUUUAAGCCACCAGAAUUUACGCUAGAAAUUGUCUGCAUCAACGAAGACGAUUUAUUCCUGAAAAGUCUCGUCCACAACAUGGGCAUGCACCUGCGAUCUACAGCGACCUGCAGCCAAAUUCAGUGUUUUCAGUACGGAGUCUUUGGAAUCGAAGAUGGCCUAUUGAAACGAGAAUGGGACUUGGAGAACAUUGCAAAAAAUAUGCACGCGUGUCGAAAGAUUUUAGGAAAACACAAAUAUCUCUUCAAACAAGAGGACCCAAUACUGCGAGAGUAUUUAUAUGGAGAGAAACUCCCCCCUAAUGACGAUGUCAAUCUCACCCGAUAAUUAUUAUAUAAAAUAAUAGAAGUAAUAAUAAUAAUAAAUUUGUAAAUUUGAAAUUAUAUCCUCA